CCAGAUCGUCCGAGUCCAUCCCGUCCCGCGUAGGUGGAAGAUUUUUUAGCUUGCUAGUUGCUACUUGCUACUUUGCUAGCUGCAACGGCAAGGCAGCGGUGGCGGCAAAUCGGCCACCAUAAUACUUCUUUCUGAGAAAUUUUAGUGAAUUGUGGUUUUGCGGCGAUCACUGAACCCGCAGAAACACAGCCAUGGUGAAAGCUGUGGUUGGUGAAGAGACCCAACUCAACCUAGCUGAGGAUCGUCUCUUCCAAUCUGAAGUUCCUGCACAGGUGGGGCUCGUUGUAGGAAAACUUAGUUCUGGUUUAGACCGAGGAUUCGUGUUCGAUUUGAUUCUGACACCACCCAAUGAUAGCGGAGCGCCCGCUUGUUCGGUACCCGAGAGUGGAAAGGACGAUAAGAAGAAGGGUUCGAAGGGAAAAUCUCAAGUCGAACCUUCGUCUUUACUGAUCGAUAUAGAUUGGGUUGCUGAACAUGCUCGUCAGGUCUCCAGAAUGUUACUAGGUGGCAUGAAUGUGGUUGGGAUCUAUGUAUGGGCUACUGAGAGUUUAUUCAAGGCAUCAAAUGUUAUAAUUUGGCAGACAGUCAAGGAAGUUGCAGAAGCAGCACCUUUUUAUGAAAGUAAAGUGGAUGAAAGGCUUCUUAUUCACAUUUCUUAUAGUCCAAGGAGGUGGAUCUGUAGAAAUUGCACGGUGGGUUCAAGUAUUACAUCAAGCAGCUUACGACCUUGUGAUUUCAAGAUGGGAAGGGUAUUAUCUUCCCUCCAAACAUUUAAAUGCAUGUACAACUUUGAAAUAAGACUGCCCAUAUUUCAUGACAGUCCAUCAAAUGUUGGCACAUUUAGAGAAGUUCUCUGCAACAGAAUUUUGCAACAUGCCAAAGAGCUGGGAGGUGCAAAGGCCUUAAUUAAUGGGAACUUGGUGGUUGAAGAUGAACCAUGCACUACAGAUGGUUCACAUGAUGUUGAACUGCUUUUACCAUUCAUUAAGGAUGCACCGAUUGAAGCAAGCAGCCAAAAGGAGGUUGCCGGUAUUGUGAUCUUUACUGGAUCCAUAUGUUCUUUUGCAUACUUGAGUCCAAAGGAACCUAUUUCACAAGCUAUAGCUGAUAUAAAGGGGGAUAUAAUCAUGAGUUUGCAAAGCAGAUUGGAUAUAAUAUGUGAUGAGGCAGAAGAUGUUACUCAUUCAGCUAUUGAUGAUAGUGAGGAAGCAAGCAAUGAGAUAUCAACUGAGAGACCCAUCCCCCAACAUAUUUUGCAAUUGUUGAGAAAACCAUGCAAGCUCUCAUUUCCUCGAAGAGUUCUUAUUCCUUGGGUGGCUAGUGCCUUCAUUUGUGACUAUUUGCAGCCAUCAGACACAUUUGAGGUUCUAAAAGAACAUUGUAAGGAGUUGAUGUCCAUGGAAGCUCCUACAGAUACCUCAUCAAUUUUGGAGCCAGAAACAGAAGCCACAUCAUUGACAACAAAAUCCUUCUGGGAUGCAGUACUCACUAGAUAUUCAACAUCAGGAUCUGAUUACGACUCUGUAAGGAAGAUGGAAAGUGAUUCAGCGGGAAAAGAAAUAAACAGGGAAUCUUUUAAGUUGACUAAUUUCAACUUUGUAGCUGCCCUUGUAAUUGUCCUACUAUCAAUCUUAGUUGGGUUGGUGCUUCCUAUUUUCAAAGCUUAAGCUGAUGAAAGUUCAGGCUUGGCUGUAGUGAUACUGUCUCCAUUUGGUCUUUGUUGGCUGUUGUAGUCUUUAUAGGAGACUUCUCUUGAGUCCACAUGGUCCAAUCACAAAACCAAUUUUAGAGAACUUGUUUUCUUCCACAAAAAUCAAUGUUUAAAAGCCAUUGGAUUUGACAA